AUGGCCAGGAGUCAAGAUGGGAUCACUGCCCCCUUUUCAGACCCAGUCUACCUGAAAGCAGCCGUCUUGGAUCCAGCCUUUUCUCUGCUGUGGGUGGAGCCUCAUGUGCUGGUCAAUCGUGACAUCAAGGCAGAGGUGGCACAACAAGUUAAAGAAUUGAUCCUGCAAGAUGCUGCAGAGACUGAACAACCUGUGCUUCUUGGUGAUGAAGAGGACCUUGGUGAAGGAGAAGGGCUGUUUGGUGCAUACCGUAAGAGGCAGAAGAAGGAUGUCGGGACCUCUCCAGCACUACAGCUAAGUCACUACCUAGACAUAGCCGAUGGAGAGAGCGCCCUUUUGUCCUGGGCACUAAACAUGAAGACUCUUCCUUCACUCUACCGAGUGGCCAUCAGAGUCCCUGCGGCCACGCAAGUACGUGCCUCCAGCAACGACUGUGCCGUCCGCCCGAGGCCUCCCGCUUUCACGCAAGCCUCCUUUCUGGUUGGAAUCUACGAACUGUUCAUCACCAGCCUCUUUCCCUGGCUCGCGUGCACCAACAGCUGGACCAAACCCGCAGGCUUCAUAACUCCCGCCUGCCCGGACAAAGAAACCACGUGGGCUGUUUCCCAACCCAAAGCCCUUCUCCAUCCUCUACGCUCCUCCAAAAUGAGUCCUGGAGGUGCAGAGUGUUUCACAGAGCUUAAGGUAGGGGUCUACAGAGAGAUCGUCCCCAUGGGAGUGGACCCUCAAGUGCUCUCCUACCAGCUGGCAGGUACUCACCUGGAGCCGGAGGAGUUCCACAGAGAAGUGGAGGCGCUGCUUGCUCAAGAGCAGGCAAGCAGGGAGACUGUCCUCCUCGACUGCCGCAACUUCUACGAAAGCAGAAUAGGACAGUUCAGUGAGUGUCUAGCCCCGGACAUCCGCAAGUUCAGUUACUUCCCGGCCUACGUGGAGAAGAACCUCGAGCUGUUCCGGGACAAGCGUGUGCUCAUGUACUGCACCGGGGGGAUCCGUUGUGAACGCGCCUCCGCCUACCUGCACUCCAAGAAGGUGUGUAAGGAUGUACUUCAGCUCAAAGGAGGGAUCUACAAAUAUCUGGAGCGCUUUCCCGAAGGCCAUUACCGUGGCAAACUGUUUGUUUUUGACGAGCGCUACGCCAUUUCCUUUAACGAUGACGUCCUCUCAGAUUGUAGAUACUGUGGUGGCCCCUGGGACCAGUAUGAGCUGUGUUCCUCGACACACUGUCGCCAGCUGGUGCUGUCCUGCACUAACUGCAGAGGGAAGGGCCACACCGCCUGUUGCCCCUCGUGUCAGAGUGGAGACCCCAAGCCCCUGCAGCACAGAGAGCAGUAUGAUGGCAUUGGCACCUUUACACCUUCACUUCAAGAUCAAUCCACACAAGUCAACGUACAGGAGCAAAGAAGUUUCAGUUCGACCCCGCCAGCGUACCUCCAUGAUGAGGAUGAGGAUUUCACCAUAGAGGAAGCUGAUGACCCUGAUUACAUCGCAGAUGAGCAGGACAUUAUUGAAGAGUCAGAAAGGAUUGAAUCAUGGCAGCCGGGAGAAAAAAUUUACUUGCUUUCAGAGAGCAGCCUUUUCGGGGACGGAAGAGCAGACAGUCCAGGGCACUCGGCAAAGUAUGGUACAUACACAGUAAUGGAGAGGAAAAGCAAAACAAUAAUUGCUUCCCAGCUUGUACAGUCAAAUGAGGUCACCUCAAGCGUAGCUAUGGCGAAAGAAGGUUUACUCCGAGCAUUAGAUCAGCUCAACAGAAAUGACGUUGUCAUCAAGGAAUUGGUUACAGAUAGGCAUCUAUCAAUUCGUAAAAUGCUGAGAGCAACAAAGCCUGAUAUAAAGCACAGUGUCGACAUCUGGCAUCUUGACAAAGGUUUAGGAAAGAAGCUUCUUGCAGUCAGUAAAGAGAGAGACUGUGGUCUUGUCAGUGAAUGCUACCAUGGUAUUGAGGCAAGAUAUCGUCUGGCCAUUUUGCACCACAAUGAAAAUGCAAACAGAAGUCAGGCAAAAACUAAGGAUGGACAGGAUAUAUACAAUUUGGUUUAUCCUAAAUUCAAGAAAGGGGGCCACACUCUAUGCAAAAUAUUUGAGGGAGCCACUUACAACUACAUUGAUCCGUUGAUGGCCUGUGUAUGUAAGCGUCUACUGGCUGGCGAGAAGUACUUGGCUGAGAAGUCAAAACCACCACCCCUGACCAGUAAAGGGGUGCAAUAA